ACAGCCUGCUUUCUCCCUCUUUCGCACGCCCGAGAGUGCCGUGCCGUCACAACGGGAAACUCCCCAGCGACGCGAGGAAGGCACUUGGAGCGCUCUAGUGUCUGACCCCCUGCCGCUUUAACACACUACUUUCUACCCGUCUGCGGGUAUUUCCCCCAACUCUUUCCGCACAGGCUUGAAAAGCAACAAGAGCGCGAAAUUGACACCAAUCGCCAUGGCGCAGCGCGGACCUUCGGGACAUGGCGAGAUGGACCGACGUCGGCGCGCCAGCUCCAACUACUUCGAGCUGGACGCCGAUCGGCGCCGCAACAAGUCGGAGCGGUCGGAGCGCUUCAGUAAACGCCUCAAUACGAUGGACGUGACGCCUGCGAGCUUCAAGGGAGCUGCACAGGACGACGAGGCCGCCGUGGACUACUGCUGCGAGUUCCUCAAGGCCAAGUUUGGCUUCCAGGAGGGAUCCGUGAGCAACCAGCGCGAGCACGUGUUGCUCCUUUUGGCCAAUGGCAAGGCGCGUUGCUUGCCAAGUGACCCGGCAGACCAGCACCUCGUGCAACUGGCCAAUAAGCUGUUUAGCAACUACAGGUCGUGGUGCAAAUUUAUCCACACGAGUCCAGUGACGUAUACUGGGAGUGGCAUUCCGCACUCUACGCCUUCUGGUAAUUUGCACAUGGAUGUGAUGCUUUACUUCCUCAUUUGGGGAGAAGCGGCAAACGUGCGUCACAUUCCAGAGUGUGUGUGCUAUUUGCACCAUCAGAUGCUGACAAUGGUCAACGCCGACCCGCAGGGCCACGAGCAGCAGCCCGAGGGCUGGUACUUGGACCAAGUGAUCCGCCCCAUUUGGCGCGAGGCCAGCAACAUGAAGCGUCGCAACGCACUUGGAAAACCCUUGGAACAUGUGAAAAUCCGCAACUACGACGACAUUAACGAGUAUUUCUGGAAGCAGCAUUGUCUUAGUAUCCCAGUGACGCACGUGGGCCAGGAACUGACGCAAAACCACGGCAAGACGUUCUACGAACACCGCAGUUUCCUCACGUUGGUGCUCAAUUACUACCGGAUUUUCCAGUUCAACAUGAUGUUUCUGGUGCUUUUGACGGUUUUGGCAUUUGCCGUCACUAUCUCCCCGGAUGGUGGCAAAAGUGGAUGGGUUCAGUUCGGUCGCAUUGGCGACGUGGUGGAGCCCUACACAACCCGCGACUUGAAAAUUGCCGUUGUUGCCAUUCCGUUCAGUUUGAGUUUGAUGGCAUUUCUCAAAUGUGUCAUGGAAGUUUGCCACGGCUGGCAUUUGUUGAUUUCCAAGGAAAGUUCGGCAACUAGUUCGCGUUCCUUCACUUAUGGCACGGCGUUAGCUACUCGUAUCCUCUGGAACGGAGGCUUUGCCGUGUUGUUCGGUAUCAUGAUCUACGUGCCACUGAACGAGGACAAGGACACGACGUUGCUGGAUAAUUUGUACCCAUUGUGUGGUGCGUACAUCCUUCCUGGGUUGCUGGUGCUCUUGACCCAGGCGUUUGCACCUCAAGUUAUCAAUGGCACAUUUGCCGCUAAGUUUGUGCGUGAGGGGGAAAGUUGCUAUGUCGGUCAAGACAUGACGCCUCCCUUCUCGUUCCAAGUCAAGUACAUCGCGUUCUGGCUGCUUUUGUGGAUCGUUGAAGCCAUCACGUCGUACUUUAUCCUGGUGCGUCCGUUGAUUCUACCGACGUUGAGUAUCUACGCCAUGACGCUGGACUACCAGAACUCGUUGGUGUCGUUCCACAACAUUGGCAUUAUCAUCGCCCUGUGGCUGCCCGUGGUGUUUAUUUUCAACUACGCCACGCAGAUUUACUUUACGAUUUUCCAAGCUCUACUCGGUGGAUUCCAGGGAAUUCUCAUGAAGACGGGAGAGAUCCGUGGUGCGAAGGAGAUGACCAAGGCGUUCCGUGUCGCUCCUCAGUUGUUCGACCAGAAGGUUGUCACGCUUCUUGCGCGGUCCAGUGAUGCCACUGCUAGCGGUACCGACUCGACUCGAGCCAGUGCUCUAGCUGCAGCCUACGAGUCUCAGAUGAUGCUCCGCUUCGUCGUAGUGUGGAAUGAGAUCGUCAAUUCCUUCCGUGAAGGCGAUCUAUUGGACGAUAAAGAGGCUGCUAUCCUGCAGUACGAUAUCCGUAGCACUGGCGAAGUAUUCGAGCCAGUGUUCCUGUCUGCUGGUAAGUUGACGGAGGCGAUGGGGCUGGCUAUCAAGACGGCAAAAGACGGCAAAGGAGAGUCGCAACUGCGUGUCACUUUGGUGGAGAAUGAUUGUCUCUCGGCUAUCCGUUCGUUCUUUACUGCUAGUAUGUACGUGAUCAGCGCGUUGUUCGGCAAUGACGACGCCGACGUGGUUGACGGAUUCCGUAUGAUGGAGGAGGUCGCGUCCAGUGGAGGGUUCCUCAAGUCGUUCAACGUCCGUGAACUUGCCAGUCUUCGUGUGGCCGCUGUGGACCUUUUGGAGGAGAUUCUGGACCUGCCAGACCCAGAUGUGCAGUCUCAACACAUUCCGGAUGCUCGUGUGCACUCUAUGGGCGUGAUUCGCAACUUUGUGUCCAAGAUGGAGGCCUUUUUGAACGGAGUGCAGUCGUUCUGUGUGGAUCCGGCUCUGCAACGCAAGUUCAGCAACUCGAAGUUCUGUUCUAGUGCAAAUGGCUACAUUUUUGCUUCUCGUGGCCUCGUCAACUUGUUCUGCAGUGAUACGGCCAUGGGAGCGGCUACACGAGCCUGUUUGUUGCUGUCUCUGGACCGGUCAGAGGCCAUGCCGCGUACGACUGAAGCGCAGCGUCGUCUUGGCUUCUUUAUGAAGUCGCUGGUCAUGGACAUCCCUCAACUGCGUUCUAUCAAGGAAAUGCGCAGCUUCUCGGUCGUCACGCCAUUCUACGCUGAGACGGUAUUGUUCUCGCUCAAAGAUCUGAACGAUCCGCUGGUUAACCACCCGAUUUUCCAGCAAGUAGAGGAGGACGGCAAAAACUUGACGAUUCUGAAAUAUCUGACGAAAAUCCAUCAAGAAGAAUGGGAUAAUUUCUUGGAGCGUGUGGACGUGAGUUCGGCUGAGGAAGCGCAAAAGAACCACCCGGAAGAAAUCCGUCUGUGGGCCUCGUACCGUGGCCAGACGUUGGCGCGUACUGUGCAGGGUAUGAUGAUGUACGAGGACGCUAUCAAGAUCCUCCACUGGCUGGAGAUUGGCUCGAGUCCGGGCAAGACGGCGGAGCAGAAGCAGAGCCAGUUGCAAGAUAUGGUGCGCCUGAAGUUCUCGUACAUUUGCGCCUGUCAAGUGUACGGGAAGCACCGCGCAGAGGGCAAAGCGCAAGCUGCUGACAUCGACUACUUGUUGCGCGAAUACCCGAACUUACGUGUGGCUUAUGUGGACACGGUGGAGCACGAAGACGGCGAGAAAUCGUUCGAUACGGUGCUGAUCAAGAGCGAAGCCGACGAGAUCGUCGAAGUGUACCGCUACUCUCUUCCUGGCGACCCUAUCUUGGGAGAAGGUAAGCCUGAGAACCAGAACAAUGCCAUCCCGUUCACACGCGGAGAGUUCGUGCAGACGAUCGAUAUGAACCAGCAACACUACUUCGAAGAGUGCUUAAAGAUGCCCCAGCUGCUGUGCACUGCUGACUUGCACCCGUCCAAGAAACCCGUCUCGAUUAUUGGCAUGCGUGAACACAUUUUCACGGGUAAUGCCAGUUCUCUUGCCAAGUUUAAAACGUGGCAGGAGCUUGUGUUCGUGACGCUGUCGCAGCGUGUACUGGCUGAUCCGCUGUACGUGCGUAUGCACUAUGGUCACCCGGAUGUGUUCGAUAAAGUGUUGGCUAUCACGCGCGGCGGAGUGUCCAAGGCCUCCAAGGGUAUUAACUUGUCUGAAGAUGUGUUCGCUGGUUUCAACUGUACUCUUCGUGGCGGUGUAGUCACCCACGUUGAGUUCAUGCAGUGUGGUAAAGGACGUGACGUGGCGCUAUCCCAGAUCUCCAUGUUUGAAGGUAAAUUGGCCAACGGUGCCGGAGAAACGUCGCUGGCACGUGAGGCGCAUCGUAUGGGGCAGUUCAUGGACUUUUUCCGACUCAACUCGAUGUAUUACUCGCACACGGGCUUCUACUACGCGACCUGGAUGACGAUUGUUACAACGUUUGUAUACAUGUACUGCAAGGUGUACAUCGCGUUGUCUGGAGUGCAGACGCAGAUCGUGUACAACAUGAACACGACGGACGUGAUCAUGGACAACUCCGAGACUUACGGCUUCGAUGACCGCGUGUACAAGGACAUGGACUCGAUUUACAACACUCAGUACUAUAUCCAAGCCGGUCUGUUCCUAUCGCUGCCUCUGAUCUGCGUUUACUUCGCCGAAAUGGGUCUACGUCGCGGUCUCGUGCAGUUCUUGGAGAUGGUGUUCACUGCUGGACCUGCGUUCUUUAUCUUCCAACUCGGUACAACGAUGCACUUCUUCGAUAACAAUUUGUUGCACGGUGAGGCGCAGUACAAGGCUACAGGACGAGGAUUCAAGAUCACAAGAGAGACGUUCGUGCUGCUGUACAAGGCGUACGCGCCCAGUCACUACCGUAAGGCUAUGGAGUUGAUUGGCUUGUGUCUGGUGUACUUGGCGUUCGGCCAAUUCAACAUUUGUGACCUUGACGUGGCCGGAGAAGAGAACUCGUUCGCGUUCGAGUACUGCCAGACGUCGCAGAGCUUUGGCGUGCAGACGUUUGCUAUCUGGGUGAUCGCUGUGGUGUGGCUGGUGUCUCCGUACAUCUUCAACACGGACGGACUGGACUGGGAGAAGACAAAGGCGGAUGUGACGGCCUGGGCCAAGUGGAUGUACGCUGCUGAGGACUACCAGGACGAAGACAAGGUGAUGGUGGGCGGAUGGAUUGGCUGGUGGAAAGGAGAGCUCAAGCUGUACCACAACACGAGGCCUAUUGCUCGUCUCACUGUGAUUCUCCGCGAAUGCCGCCACUUCCUGCUCAUGUGGUACGUGGUGGCUCUGGAGUGGGAGAUCCUCACGGUUGGACUGGUGUUCGGUGCGGCCGUGGUCACCGUGCUGGCCAUGGGACUCUUUGGAGCGGCGGGAAGCUGCAUGCGCAGUGUCAAGUCGUCAGUGCGUGCGAUUAUCUACACGUUCGUAGUGGUGCUGGCCGUUAUCGUGUUCUUCGUGCUGACUAUUGCCAUCUUCGACGUGAGCUUCACACGAACCAUCUCGCUGUUCUUUGGCUACAUGGCGGCGCUGUACGGCAUCAAUGAGAUGGCGCGUAUGUACAGCUUUGCCAACUCGUCGAUCGCCACCGUGGGCAUGUUCCAGCAGCUGGCGUUCUUCUUCGACUUUGUGUUCUCCGUGGCCAUGAUCAUCCCGCUGCUAGUCAUGUCGGCGAUCCCGUUCUUGAACAUCAUCCAGACGCGUAUGAUGUACAACAAGGGCUUCUCGGAGGUCGUGUCGGCUUCGUCGCAGUACGCGUUCUCCUUGGCUGCGUUCAUGGGUGUGCUGGGAGGCAUGGGAUGUGGUUGGUUGUUCCACUUAUUCACCACUCUGGAGAGCACUGCUGGCUUCUUGAGUUACGUCACGACGUACGAUCUACUGGACGGUAACGUGGGCGAUGGCUCGGUCACGUACGCCUUCUACUUCGCGUGUAUGGUGGGCACGUUUGUGGCUGGUUUCCUGAACUACUUUAUCGGACGGCGACUGUCGAUUGUUCUUGGUGGAUUGCUGACUGUCCUGGGUAUGCUGGGCGUCAGUGCUGUGCAGUCUGGUGGCGAAGGCUUCCUGAUGCCUGGUAUCUGCUUACUCGGAGGCUCUGUGGGCGUGUUGCUGCCUACUUUGGCCGUGUACAUCUACGAGAUUUCCACUCGUGACAUGCGUGGCAAAGCGUUGCUGCUUCUUGGAAGUGGCUUCAUUCUCGGCAUCCUGUUCGCUGCGUGGUUCUCGUCGUCUUCUAAUGAAGUGGGCUGGGUGUGGCAGGUGUUCAUUGCGACCAUCAUCUUGUCGAUCAUGACGCCAGCAGUCUACAUCUUCCCGGAGAGUCCGUACUGGGUCUACAUGCGCGAAGGUUUGGAGUCGUGUGAACGCUGUCUGGCUGUACUGCGUCGUAAGGAAGGCGUGUCCGAGGAGCUGCGUAUGAUCCGCGACGAAGAGGCCGGUAGUGACGACUCGAGUGCUAACGGCGGUACUUCGUUCCUCAAGUUCGUGAUGGGAUUGUUCCUCAUGCUCGUGUCCAGUAUCUUCCUGGGGUGCGUGAACAUGUACCUGUCCGACACGUUUCGCAGCAUCGAAGACGCCACGUACAUGUUCGUGAACUGUAUGGGGCUGCAGUUCCUGGGUGCCUUGUUCUCGUUCUUCUUCAUGGAUCGUAUCGACCACAAGCGCAUCUUGUUCUGUACGUUGCUGCCUAUGGCUGGGCUGGUGUUCGUUUUGGGACUCAACGACAAGUCGGAGUUUGUGACGGGAGACAGCGAGUAUCUGAUGCUGCAGAUUGUCGGCUUGUUGCUCUAUUUCUUCGCCGGUCUAGGUAUCACGUCAGUGCCCUGGGUCUCGUGUGUCGGGCUGUUCACUACCAAGCAGCGCGCCGUGUACGUGACGGUCUACUUCAUGGUGUUCUUCCUGUUGCCUGUGUGCGCCACAUUCAUCCGUUCCAGCGAGUCGAUGAGUGGAGACGAGUACUUGUACCUGUUCACGUUGACUGGCUGCUGUGUGGUGGCGACGGCGCUGUUGUUCACAGUGGGGACGCUCAAGAAUGGAAUGGUCUGCACCAAGGGCGAGAUGGAGGCCGAACGUGCUCGUCUGCGUCGUAUCCGCGCUUCUCGUCGCAGUGCUCGUACGCCUGGCAGCGCGCGUUCAAGAAACUUUAGCCGUUCGCGUGCAAAGUCGCACUCGAACUAUCAGAUGUUCGAGUCGCCUGCUGGCAGCGCGCCGUAGAUUGGACGUCGAGGCUUUGGCAAGAUGAAGAGUGUACUCUAGGACGCACUGACGUCUGCUGUUUGGACAUGCAUCUUGCUUUUUUACUUACAUAUCGGUAAUAAAAAAAGUUUUCCAUAAAGA